UUUGUUUUGUCGAGUUUUAUUUCGUUAAGUGUUUACAAAAUGACAAAACUGUGACAAAUAAUUAAACACUUUAAUUAGCAGACUCUCACUUUGGCUUUCUGUUUGACGCAUCGCCAUGGUAACAGUGCACCAGCCGUUGUUGUUACACUCGGUCAACGGCUCCGGUGUUUCGGCUUAAAGAGCGACCCUUCUAACUGGCGACCGUUAGUGGUUGUCGUAGUAACGACGGCUGUUGAAAGUAGAAAGAUACAUCCUCGUACGUGGCUAUUUUUUUAAAUUAACGUUACAGUAUUAAAAACAACAACUUAUUAGUCUAUAACUGUUUGUAUUAUCUUCCUGUUCAACGGCUGUCAGUCGUAACUACGACAACCACAAAGAUACAUUCGGCUGAAGGUCGCCAGUUAACACGGUCGCUCGUUAAUCCGAAACACCGGUCGAAGUGAAACCCAUAGUUUGUGUUGUUUGUUUGAGAAGAAAGGGUGCUAGCAAGUCAUAUUAAUGGAGCUCAUGGGAAGCAAAUACAAAGGAGAUGCGAAAAACGGCAGGAUGCAUGGAAAAGGAGAGUACACCUUUCCCACAGAGACCAAGUAUGUAGGUGAAAUGAAAGAUGGGAUGUUUCAUGGCAAAGGAGUGCUACACUUUCCAAAUGGAAGUAAAUAUGAGGCCACCUGGGAAAACGGCAGAGCUCAACAGGGGUCAUUUACCUUUGCCGACGGUCUGCCAUACCAAGAGAAAGACUGGGACUACUGCAAUGGUUACGACAGGCGUUUCUACACUGAGAGGUGCAAUGGACUCAGACCUGCAGGAGAAUCUCAGCUAACUGAUCUGCAUCCGCCACGCGUCAUUCCUGAUGGAUGUUACGAUUGUGGAGAUGGUUUCUAUGACCCCAAUACCAGAGUCGUGACUUCCUACACUGGCAGAUUUCUCAGGAAUGCAGUGAUGGCUGUGAAUCACCUGCUGCGACCGCUGCUGUGUCAGUCCCUGGUGCGACAGGUCAGGUCUCCCCUCGUGGCCACCUCCAGGCUCAGUGCACCACUUCUGUGUCCCGACACCACCCGAUACCCCGCCGCAUGCACCAGACUCUAUGCCACCAAGAAGUCAAAAGCCAAGGCAAAGGGCCAGUCAGCUAAGGUGAACAUUAAUUCUGCACUGGUGGAAGACAUCAUCAAUUUGGAUGAAGUGAAGGGGGAUAUGACGGCUGUUCUCAAUGCACUCAAAGAUGACUUCACACGCAACCUCAGCAUCCGAACCUCACCAGGAGCUCUGGAUCACAUUGUGGUGACGACUCAAGAUGGGAAGUUUCCUCUCAACCAGCUGGGUCAGAUCUCCAUGAAAUCACCUCAGCUCAUUAUGGUCAACAUGAGCAGCUUCCCAGAGGCUACAGAGGCUGCGUCCCGUGCCCUGAGAGAGAGUAGCAUGAACCUUAACCCAGAGGUGGACGGGACGAUCAUCAAGGUGCCCGUUCCCAAGGUAACGCGGGAACACCGAGAGAACCUCGCCAAGUUGGCCAAACAGUUUAGCAACAAGGCCAAAGACUCGCUGAGAAGGGUGCGAUCUAACUCCAUCGCAGAGGUCAAAAAGAUGAAGGAGGGACACUCGGAGGACAUCAUCCGACUCGUGGAAAAACAGAUUCAGCAACUGUCUGACAACAUUGCAGUGGACAUUGACAAACAGCUUGCAGCCAAGACCAAGGAGCUGUUAGGCUGACUGUAAAAGAAACACACAGGGUUUUUUUUGGUUGUUGUUUCUCAAACUGUUAUCAUUUUGUCAUAGCUGAACCUACUGAUGGAUACACAAGAACAGAAGCAACAUGUCAUUCUCAUCAUGUUAAUAAUAGACUCAAUCACAUUGGAGAGGUAGUUUGAAAGCCUCCAAACAGAGGAACGAGUCUCGGGUCCUGUCAAACAUGUUCUGGCACUCCUGGCAGAAACUGGGCUUCGGUUCCCGCCCGCAUCACUGGCAAAGAUCUGCUCGUCGCUGCCGGAUGAUAUCUGCGUUUAACCGUCGGUGCAUAAACAGAAAUUGGCACAGAAACGACAACGACAGACUGCCAGUCACCUCCCUCCUCCCUUGUUACUCUUCCUGUCUUCAAACAAACACAGAGCAAGGGACGAAUGGACUUUUAAUGGGAUUUGCGGACCUCCUCCUAAUCAAACCCCUUGCCACAAGGGCUGUCUGUUUAUAUAAAACAAGCGCACCCGUCUGAAUGUAAACUGGCUGCGGGUUUGUCUUGGUGGCGAGAGCGAGAGAGAGAGAGAGAGAGAAAAGGGGAGAGAGAGUUUGUUCCAGAGAUGCAGGAUAUCAUUAGCGUGUUGCCAAACAUUUGUUUCACAUUGAUUCAAAGUCUGUUAAAAAAAUGCACUUGAAGAAACAACAAAAAAAAAAGAAAAAAAAGAAAAAGCCUUUAAUUUCUGCCCAUGUCUAGGAUUGAUAAUACGGCUGUUCGCUCGACAAUAAAGUUGGGAAAGUAACAUUAUUGAUGGACUCCAUUAAAGAAACACUGCUUUGUACCA